AUGGCAGACCUGACAGCCAGAAGUGACAAUGGCUCGGUUCAACCACCCUUGUCGCAGGCGGUUGGAUAUGUCGUCGUAGUGGUCAUUGGCCUAAUCAUCGCUUUGGCGAUGAUGCUUAUCACGAAAGUCCUGAAGAAAACAACGGGAGAAGACAAUAAGAAGACAGAAAUGUUCAUGACCGCGAAUCGAACUGUUCGGACUGGCUUAACCGCAUCCGCCGUGAUUUCAUCAUGGCUUUGGACAACAGCAAUGCUGGGCUCAUCAUUUGUCGGAUACGACUAUGGCGUAGCGGGCCCAUUCUGGUUUGCUGCUGGAUGCAGUCCGAUGAUUGUGUUUUUUGCACUCAUUGGAAUAUCGUGCAAGCGCAAAAUUCCAGAGGCACACACUUCCCUCGAAGUGGUCAGAAUCCGAUAUGGUCGGACCGCCCAUAUUGUCUUUAUGACACUCUGCCUCGUCAACAAUAUUUUUGCCUGUGCGAACAUGCUCCUCGGAGCGGCGGCUGUCAUAUCCGCUGUAACUGGUAUGCACAUUAUCGCUGCCACAUUCCUGCUGCCAGUUGGUGUGACUGUCUAUACUUUUGUUGGUGGCAUCAAGGCGACAUUCUUGACCGACUACUUCCACACCGCAAUAAUCCUUAUCAUUGCAUGCUACUUCUCUAUCAAAGCGUUCACCAUCGACGAGGUCGGCUCGAUCGGCAAGUUGUACGAGCUGGUUCAAGCUGCUGCCCAAAGACACCCUGUUUCAGGCAACCAUGAUGGGACAUACUUGACAAUGACAUCGAAAGGAGCGAUGCUCUUCGGGAUCCUGCACAUUUGCUCCAACUUUGGCCUCGUGAUUAUGGAUACAAGUUAUUUCAUCAAAGCAUUUUCCGCCGCCCCCUCUUCGGUAGUCCCAGGAUACACAAUCGGCGGCAUCGCGUACUUCGCCAUUCCGUGGGCACUGGGAACUAUCAUGAGCUCCGUAGCCAUCGGACUCGAAAAUCAACCGUCCUUCCCCACAUAUCCCAGGAGAAUGACUCCAAGCGAGGUCAGUGGAGGACUCGUACUGCCAUACGCCGCCAUGACGAUCGCAGGCAAAGGCGGAGCAGCCGCGAUUCUCCUGAUUACAUUCAUGGCCGUGACAUCCACCCUUUCGGCACAGGUAAUUGCAGUCAGCUCCAUUCUCAGCUUCGACGUGUAUCGCGAGUAUUUCAACCGAAGUGCAUCCGAUCGUGAUAUCAUUCGUGCCAGUCACUUUGGUGUGAUUUUCUUCGCCGCAUUCUCCGCCGGGUUUAGUACCAUGCUGAAUUAUGUCGGGAUCGAUCUGGGUUGGACUCUAUAUAUGCUUGGCGUCGUUACAUGCCCUGGCAUCUUCCCAAUGGCAUUCACCAUCCUCUGGCGCCGCCAGAGCACAGCCGCUGCUAUUCUCUCCCCCAUUCUUGGGAUGGCAACCGGGAUUGGUGUCUGGCUUGGAACCGCGCAGCAUUUCUACGGCUCUGUUUCUGUUUCUGCGACAGGACAGAUACUCCCAUGCGUGUAUGGGACCGUCGCAUCUGCGUUCUCGCCCAUUGUGUAUUCCGUCGUGAUCACGGUAGUUCGCCCACAGAACUACAAUUGGAAUGACUUUAAAAAGGAGAAGCUUGCCCUAGAACGGCUGGAAAGCGAUUUGACAACCGUGCACAGCCAUGAGAAAGGUCCCCGACCGGAAAGCAGACUAGAAGAAAGUCGUCGGCAGUCCUCCGCGUUUGAUCCGCAGGAACUGAAGCGAUGGGGGCGCAUUGCCGCGUUCUGGUCUAUCGCGACUUUCCUCGGCCAUUGGGUUAUUUGGCCGUUGCCCAUGUAUGGGUCUAAUUAUGUCUUUGGCAAGGGGUUCUUUUCUGCCUGGGUGGUUGUCGCUAUUAUCUGGCUUUGGUUGACUAUGCUGGUGGCUAUCUUUUACCCGAUCUUUGAUGGGGGUAUCCAGCAGAUCAAACAGGUCUAUCGAGGGCUACGUGCAGGUGAUGAGACGAAGAAAGGUGUCGGAAAUGAGACCUCAUCGUCUACUUCGAUAAGCGACACAACACCAGAGGAGGUGAAGAGAGAAGACCGGAACUAG